UUAAUGAAAAUAAACAUAUUAUAAUUUAAUUAUCAUUUUAGAUAAAUCUAUUUAUUCAUAAUAUAUCAUGUUUUUUAAAAAAUUGCUUACAUAUAAUAUAAAUUUUUCAUGGAGUUGACAAAUUGCUCCAAUACUUUGAUUUCUCCUUUACAAACUGAAACCAAUAAUGCUAUUGUCCAUAAUGAAUAUUCUCAGCUAGAAAUUACAAUAUUGCAGGCAAAGUUGAAUGUGACUAGCUCAAUAUUCAAAGCUGAUCCUUAUGUUGAAGUAAAUGCAGAUGAUAAAUCAGUUAGGAAGACCAGUAUUAUCAGAAAAUCUUGGGAACCAGCUUGGAAUGAAACAUUUUCAAUAUUAGUCACCCCUUACUCUAAAUUAAACUUCAAAGUGUACGACAAAAAAAUGGUUUGGAAAUCUAACGAGCUUCUGUGUCAAUGUAAUUUCGAAUUGUAUCGUCUGCUUUUAAGACUCAGGGGAAAAUUGAGCAAUGUUCGUCUGCUUUUAACCCUUACGUCCGAUCGUCUGCCCAAAGGCGGAGGCGUGCAAUUAAAAAGCGGCAGCCUGGACGUGAUAUUGAAUUCUAACCCGUUUGAUCUUACCAAAUUCCCUCCUCAAAGAUUAACCUCAUCCAAUCAACGUCAUUCCAUUUCAGCCAAUGAUUUGUGGGCAACCCUUCCUUACCAAAUCGUGGAGGAAGGAAGCAACGAAAUCCCGAACCCUUCUUCGACAGAAAAUAAUCAUGUGAAUAAUAAUCUUGAUUCGCCCAAUGCGGUGCAAACGCCGUCUGCGCCAAUGCCAUCAGUUCCGGAUGCUACCAAUCACGAUUCUCGAAACGACGUUGUAGCAAAUUCGAUGCCGCAUGGCCUUCAAAACGUUUCCUCCAACAAUCGCGAAACAAUUUUAGCCAAUGGGCCUACCGUUUUGUACAACGACGGAGACCCGAGUUCCUUGUACUAUUCCCCUUCCAUCCUUCAGCAUAUGAGAAAUUUCCUGGCACCUUUAUCUAAUAGUGGUAAUACAACCAACGCCAAUCAGAAUAAUACCUUAAAUAUCAAUAACGAAAACGCUAACCUACACAACCCCCCUAAUUUAUUACCUCCAAACGCGCCGCCAACAUCGGUAGCUUCUCCACCCUCGCAUUCCUCCCUACCCCCGCGUCCGCCCCAACCACAACCGAACAAUGUCAUUUUACCUCAAGGAUGGGAAGCUAGAUUGGAUCCAACGGGUCGGCCUUAUUACGUGGAUCACAAUACCCGUUCCACCACUUGGGAACGCCCCUCGGAAAACGAUGCCUCGCCAGACCUUUCUCCUUCUUUGCCUGAAGGGUGGGAGACCAGAGUGGAUCCUAAUGGCAGAACUUACUAUGUCGAUCACGUGACUCGCAGCACUACGUGGGCUCGGCCCACUCCCCGCACCCUGAGGGCUUACCGGGAUUGGAGGGACAGAGUUAGGGCUGAUUUAGAGAGGGAGGUGUCUAACGAAGAGAACUUUCCAUCCAGCACAGAGAGAAGUGACCCAUUAGGACCCUUACCUUUUGGAUGGGAAAAAAGGACAGAGUCCAAUGGAAGAGUCUAUUUUAUCAACCAUCGAAGCAGAACUACUCAGUGGGAGGACCCUAGAAUACAAGGAUUCACUGUAACCGAAGACCCAUUGCCAGAAGGUUGGGAAAUGAGGUACACCAGUGAAGGCUUAAAAUAUUUCGUUGAUCAUAACUGUCGCAGCACCACGUUUCAGGACCCUAGACCUAAUACCUCGGCAUCCAGCACUAGUUCGAACCUGCCUGGAAAGCAAGCCAUUCCCAUCACAUACGAAAGGAGCUUCAAGUGGAAACUUGGGCAGUUCCGAUACUUGUGCCAGUGCAACAUGUUGCCGAGCCAUAUCAAGUUAACCGUCACGCGGGAUAAUUUAUUCGAGGAUUCGUUUCAACAAAUAAUGCAGUGUACGGCCGUAGAUUUGCGGAGGCGACUCUUCAUCAACAUCAAGGGCGAAGAAGGUCUCGACUACGGAGGCGUAGCCAGAGAAUGGUUCUAUCUGCUAUCCCACGAAGUUCUCAACCCGAUGUAUUGCCUAUUCGAGUACACCGACCAGCACAAUUACGGUCUUCAAAUCAACCCGGCUUCGUUCGUUAACCCAGAUCAUUUGCUAUACUUCAAAUUCAUAGGACGAUUAAUAGCCAUGGCGCUUUUCCACAACAAAUUCAUUUAUAGCGGCUUCACGCUCAGUUUUUACAAACGUAUCUUGGGCAAAAAAUUGGGUCUUAAAGACUUGGAGGAUGUGGAUCCUGAGUUUUACAAUUCCCUCAUCUGGAUCAAGGAAAACAAUAUAGACGAAUGCGAGCUCGGGGUCUACUUUUCGGCCGAUUUCGAGAUACUGGGCCAGGUUAAAUCCCACGAAUUGGUGCCUGAUGGGGCCAACCUCAAGGUUACCGAGUCUAACAAACAACAAUACAUUGGCCUAAUGACGGACUGGCGUCUAGACCGAGGCAUUCUGGCUCAAUUUCGGUCCUUGGCCUCGGGAUUUUCGGAAAUCGUUCCGCCCGGUUGGCUACACUACUUCGACGAACGCGAAUUGCAAUGUCUCCUUUGCGGAACGUCUCGCAUCGACGUUGACGAUUGGAAACGGAACACGGUGUACAAAAAUUACGACCCUAAUCACGAUGCUCAAAUUCAAUGGCUUUGGAAGUUCAUAUCGGAGCUCGAUAACGAAAAGCGAUGUCGGCUAUUACAAUUCGUAACUGGCACCUGUCGCGUUCCUAUUGGGGGCUUCUCGGAACUAAUGGGAAGCAACGGCCCUCAAAAAUUUUGCGUCGAGAGAAUCGCGCGGGAGGAUAUAUUACCCCGGUCUCACACCUGCUUCAACAGGCUCGAUUUGCCGGUUUACAAAAGUUACAAAACUCUGAAAGAGAAACUGCUUUACGCCAUCGAGGAAACCGAAGGGUUUGGACAAGAAUAAAACGCUAAAAAAAGAAAAAUGCGUUGGGACAAAAGAAUAAAACGCUAAAAAAAAGAAAAAUGCGUUGGGACAAAAGAAUAAAACGCUAAAAAAAAGAAACGACGAAAAAAAAAAGAAAAUAUUUUUUUUAUAUUUAUUAUAUAUUUAUUUCCCCCCCCCCCUCAAAAUUUUACAUUUUGCAACGACAAAAAAUAAACGAAUAUUUUUAAACAUAAUUAUAUUUAUUUAUUUUCGUGAUAGGUUGUGAAAAUAAUUUUCAAUAAAUGAAAAUUUUCGGCCAC